AUGGCAAUUUCUUUGAACGUUUCAAACACGUACGAAUUACAAGACAUUUCAGACAAUUUUUUUUUAUUUUUAUUUCUGCCCUCUUUCUCUCUUUACUUCUUUUUUUUGUAUGUGUGUCUGUCUGUGUGUGUAUGGAAAGGCUCGGUGAGGAGGCUUCAUUGCACGGCGAUUAUGCGCCAUAUGCGUGAAUUAGUCAUCCCUGGCGCAACGUGGCGUGACGACAACUCAACCGACGCAUGCGAGAAUAGGUUGUGCCGCAAGAAGUUCUCAAUGCUUUUUAGCAAACAUCACUGCCGCUGGUGUGGUAGAAUUUUUUGCAGCGAUUGCGCCCCACUCACUGCACUCUACCGUGGGGAAUUGUUGCGUCGCUGCAACGCAUGUCGUUUGCCGUUUAUUUUCCGUAGCAUUUACGAUCCCCUGUCGGGUCGGCGGGACGGGGCCAUAGCGGAAUUUAUCUUUUCUUUUCUUGACAGCACUUCCCUCAAUGCGUUCCUGCAGUCGUGCCACACGGCUCUUUCGGAAUUUCACGUUAGCGGCUACGAAUAUUAUGAAUGCAUACAUGAGAGAUUUCCCUCCUUUUUUGAGGGCGCACGCAUUGGAAAAGGGGUCACCGGUACCGUGUACAAGUGUGAGGAUCGCAGUCGGUUUGAAAAUCCACGCGUUGCACUCAAAGUUAUUACGAAAAGUUCAACCGUAACAAUCACGGCCUGGCGAAAAAUUACGACCGAGCUUGAGAUUUUGAAGGAGAUUGACCACCCGAAUGUGGCACGCCUUUUAGAGGUGUUUCAGACCCCGCUGUGUCUCGUUAUUGUCAUGGAGGCUGGUGAUGGGGGUGCACUGAAGCAAGUAUGGGAGUUUGUGAGGACUCGUCAGUGCGAUUUAGAGGUUUUUACCGCCAGUGUUGUGGCGCAAAUAGCAGAGGGUCUGGAUUACCUUUACCGCGUCAAGCACAUUGUUCACCGGGACAUUAAACACGAUAAUAUUAUUUUUUCCUGUGAUUUUAGUAAGGUGAUGAUCAUUGAUUUUGGUCUUGCAGAGUACAUUAAAAACGAGAAGUGUCAGUUGUUUGUGCCAUGUGGUACGUAUGGGUUUGCGUCACCGGAGAAUAUUCUGGCAGUGGUGGAUCAUUUACAACUUUUUGAGGCUUCAGGCGCCACCAUGCACCGUGCGGAUAUGUUUAGUUUAGGUGUUGUAGCGUACAUGCUUCUCUCGGGUGUGCGGCCUUUGCGGGGCAGACGUUUUUUAGAUCUCUACAGAGAAGUGCGAGGGGGUAUUCGCUGUGUGGGACCCUGCUGGACUAAUAUAUCCGAUAGUGCCAAGUCACUUGUGGAGUGGCUGCUCAAGACCAGCACGAAUGAACGAGCGACGCCAGAAGACGUACGAAACCACCCGUUUAUUGUUAAUAAGGCAUCACUCAUCACGGAGAUUGUUAAGAAACGUAAGCAGGAGCUUCUCAUCACAGAGCAGUUGGAGGGCAACGAGUGGGUAUACGUUGUGCCAUCCGAUCGUCAUUGGGACCCUUCAGGGGAGGAGGAAGUGCCAAUGGUGAAUAAACGUAAUGGCCGUUUUGGAUCGAACACGCAUUUGUGGUUUGGGAUUGGCCGGGACAACAAGAAGGGAAACAACAAUGUCGAAAAAUAUGCAAUGACAAGAAAGUAA